CUUGGAUUCUUCUAUUUCUCGCUUCCUUGACUCCAGUGUUGACGUCCCUAUCCAGUCAUUCAGCCUGAAGAGUAAUCAUGACAUGUCAUUUUGUUAGAUCCUAGAUUGUUUUCUUUGCUACUUUGAUCCUUGUGCGCUUAUUGAGGCCUGCCUCCUAUGGGUAUCGUCCUUCACACUUCUACAGUGUAUAUUCACCGGACUCAAUGUGAUUCUGAAUCUGGUUCACUACAUCGCAAUACUCUGAUUAGCCACUACCCUCUCUGUUUGCACAGUGAUUUUGGACAGCCUCGGUACUCAAAGCGUCAUGUUUGCAUUUACAUCCAAGCGUCAGAGAGAUCAGGAGAACGAUGACUUCGAUGGGAACGCGACUCGGGAAAAGAAGAAGCACAGACCUCUAGCCCUACGGGCAUCCUCAACUACCCUCCAGUUCCCGUCACUCCAGAAAAGCAAUCGUGUUGUCUCCCGCUUUGGCCUUUCAACUCCGACCCCGGUGGAAUCCUCCGACGAUGACAAGGAUGAUAAUGGAGGUGGUAAAGCCGGCUAUGACUGCUCAGCUCAGCCUCUGAAUCUACCAAUACCAACGACAACUCAGCAAUAUGCGCAAAAACUUCCUACACUGAGCGCAAAUAUGGACAUUGAUAACUGGAAAGAAACACCAGAGUUUCAGAAUGCACCGAUCACGCACAGACUUGUGGACCAAUCGCUCAUCACAAGCGAACGGCCAACAGCACACUCAGCAUAUGGGGUCGUCCCUUCAGCAAAAGAUUCUGUCGCAAAAAGCCACCAUCAAGAUUCGACGUCUUCUACGCAGCAGGGUGCCCUUCGAGACCCGUACGCGACCCCGGAUAGAGUCUGGUGGUGCGGUCAACGCCUCCCUAGCCCGGUCAGUGACGAUGAGGAUGCCAUGGCUGUCAGCAGCAAAGACUCGGCGAGCGAUGCGGAUAUGACCUACUUGUCGCAGCCGGCGUCUCCUCCGCCAUGGGAUCCAGAAACUUUGGUCGACCUGCAGCCAUCGAUGAGGCUGGUGGACAAUGCGCACACUCCUGCGUCGAAGAAGAAGGUAGCAUUUUCCAUGGGGUACCGAGCGGAUUGCGACAAGUGUCGGCGCAAAGUCCCGGGUCAUUACAGUCACAUCAUCCGUCACUGAUACUUGGCACUUCUCCCUUCUUUUAUGGUCUAUGUUUUGCUUCAUCCUACUCGUUAAUUGAUGACCACGAUGAUACCAGGCGUUCUGGGAGGAUAUGCCGCAGGUAUAGGCGGCCGGGUUGUUUAGCUUAUGAUACCUACGAUUUCGGAGAAUUGAGGACUUUUAUUAGUACUAAUAUAUUACAUAAACAAGAUGAGGAAAGGGGAUUCAUAGAUUGGUGGUUAGAAGUCAGUUUCG